UUGGUCAUUAAAACACAACAAAAAUAAGUUGCCUGUCCCCAAUAGAAACGAAACUACAAAUUUCUUUGGUGUCAAUUCUCAGUUCUUACGCACGACGCGACGUCCCUGAGCCCUAGCUUCCGGCAAAUCCUUUCUUCUUUUUUCUUCAUGUCCUUUGCUUCAUUUCGAAUCGAAUUCCAUUUUGAAUAAGCUUGGAGUUCAUUUUGACUUUAUUGUUGGAUCUUAUAGUUGAUACAAAUUUGGGGAAGAGUUGAGAUCAAUAUAUCUUUAGUAUAAAGUGGAGCUUCGACAUGUUGCGUUUCAGUUUUAGUGGUUUCGAUAUCUCAAGUUGUUUUAUUCAUCUUGCUGAAUGGCAUCCUUUGGAAUAACAAAGCUUACCGGGCUUAAAGCCCCUCUUUUUGCAGAGUUUCGUUACUGUUAGCUUUUGGGAAUUCAUAAAUUUUGGAGUAGAUAAUGUUUCGCGAUAGUUUUUCAUUUGUCCAAGCGAUGAGUUGCUUCGGGUGUUUUGGUGGCUCUGAGAGAUCAAGACAAUCACCAAAUCCAUAUGAUGAUGAUACAUAUUCCAAUGAUGGUGAUGUAACCAGCAAUGUGGGAGGAGAUGAUGAAGAAGAAGAAGAGGAAGUAGAGGAGCAGAGCCGUUCCAAACGAUCAGAAGAAAUUUUGAAAUCUAAAUUACAAAAUGGACUAAUCUGCAGGCAGUUUCCAGUGAAGGAAACUAAUAAACUAACACGUGGAGAGGAUGAAGAUGGAAACAAGACAAUAAAUGAGUUUGUUCGUGAGCGUAAAAUUGGAUCUGGUAGUUAUGGGAAAGUGGUUCUAUAUCGAAGCACUGUCGAUGACAAGCAUUAUGCUAUUAAGGCUUUUCACAAGUCAUAUUUACUAAAGCUACGGGUUGCGCCUUCAGAAACUGCGAUGGGGGAUGUUCUUCGUGAGGUUAUGAUUAUGAAAGUUUUGGAGCAUCCUAAUAUCGUUAAUCUCAUUGAGGUGAUUGACGACCCUGAGUUUGAUGAUUUUUACAUGGUUCUCGAAUAUGUUGAUGGAAAAUGGGCCUAUGAUGAUUCUGGACCACCGGGUGCUCUCGGAGAAAUUACUGCUAGAAAGUACUUGCGCGAUGUAGUUGCCGGCCUCAUGUACCUUCAUGCUCAUAAUGUAAUUCAUGGGGACAUCAAACCGGACAAUUUACUGGUUACUAGUACCGGGAGAGUGAAAAUAGGAGAUUUCAGUGUCAGCCAAGUAUUCAAGGAUGAUGAUGAUCAACUCCGCAGAUCUCCUGGCACUCCUGUCUUUACUGCCCCAGAAUGUUGUUUAGGUAUAACAUACAGUGGAAGAUCUGCAGACACGUGGGCAGUGGGAGUUACUUUGUAUUGUAUGAUAUUAGGACAAUACCCGUUUCUGGGUGAUACACUUCAGGAUACUUAUGACAAGAUUGUUCACAACCCGUUGAUAAUACCGGAAGGACUGAAUCCUCAUCUCAGGGACUUGAUCGAAGGUCUCCUUUGCAAAGAUCCAAACCAGAGGAUGACGUUGAAAGCUGUGGCGGAGCAUCCAUGGGUCACAGGAGAAGACGGAGCUAUUUCGGAAUACUUUUGUUGGUGCAAACGCAAAGCUGAAGAAGAGGAAGAACCUAAUGGGAUCGAAACCGUAGCUGAAAGCUAAAACCGGUAUACUUGAACAUAGCAAUCAUAUUUUUGCAUGUUGGCGGUUAGAAGCGCUUGCGUUUUAAGUUGUUAUAACUCCUUUAGGCAUGUUUUGAGACUCUGUUGAUUGUCUCCGACUCUCCGUCAUGUAAUGAGACUCUUGAUUGUCCUUUUCUCUCCUUAGUUUUUUCACUCUGUUUUGUUUUCCGAUACACAUAUUGGAUGCAUGUUUUGGAUCAUUGUAUUGUAUCUACUGCCUACUUGAAUUGUUGUUAUAAAUCAAUGAUGUUUAUUUUAAUUU